AUUACGGUAUUCCGGAAGAGAACAUAAUAGUUUAUGAAAUGGGGAUUUGGUGAACGCUUAGCCUUACCGACUCUUGUAGAUUGCACACAAUUUGAAAAAUGUCUAAUUGUGCAGAUUUCCGUUCACAGAUCUCCGCAGUAAUGGAGGUUCUAGCCAAUGCAGCUGUGGUGGAAAUUUGUAAAGUUGUUAAUGAAGGCUAUGCUGUUUUGCGACUGGAAAUGACCAGAAGCAGGAGAGAAAACGAAUCAUUGAAGAGCAAAUUAAAAUCAAUAGAGCUUCUCUUGUCUCAAGACAUAGACAACGGGACAGAAGGAACAACAACCUCUAUUAAUCAAGAGCAGACCAAAGACCAAACUCAUUUUGCAGUUGGAACUACUGGGACACCUGGAGGAAAGAGAAUCACUGCCUUCCAUGAUGACUUGGGCUCUGCACAGUCUUGCAUGCCUGCAGUCAGUUCACCAACACACUCACAUGUUCCAGAUGUUCCUAUAAAAGAAGAGAUGGUUGAACAAAAUAUAAGAAGUGAAAAGCAAGAAGAUGAACAUUAUAGAAAUGACUACACAUCAAAGGCCAGCAAUGGUGAAAGACCCUCAACUUCCCAUAUGAUAUCUGAUUACCCUCAUGAUCUCAUGACCACAGGUAGACAUCAGAGUGCUGACCUGGAGACCCCUGUUUUGGCUGCUAAUGAGAGGACCCUGUGUGAAAAUGACAGUCAAUACAGUCCAGAGAUUGAAGUGCCUCCUAUUUCCAGCCAAAGUAGAAUAAUUUCAUCUGCAGAGGAGAAUAGUUCCCAGUCUCCUCACCCAGACCUUGAGCUGAUAUCCAGUACAGGCCAGUCAAGUUCUUAUAACAGCACAUCAUCUCUGAAUUUCAUUGGAUGGAGGCCUGAAGUACCCACUGACUCAAGUUCGUUGAAAAUGGAGGGAGAUGACUGUGCAUGGAAGGAGACAAGAGCUUUUGAGUCACACACUAAAGGGUAUAAAGCUGGCAUGAUGGGAGUAGGGGAGAACAGCGACCUGAAUCCCCUCCAUUUCAAGAUUGGAGAAGACUCUCAAAUGAGACAUGACUGUGUAGGGCUAGAUUUCAGUGCAUUACCUGACGUCAGUGAGAUGUUCAAUGCGAGGGCAGCCAAGAUCCACCCAACAAUGAUGAGAAGAGAUCUGCAGUCAUUGCCAGGCUACGAGGAGAGUUUUGUUGACUUUGGUUCGGCCUCUCAGCUCAGGAUGGGAGAUGGUUCCAGCUCUCCGGAGCAUGCUGGGCCCCCACAACCUGGUCAGGCAGGGAGAUUGUUUGGCUGCAAUUUCUGUGGUAAACAGUUUCCACAUCUCCAUCAGCUGAAGACACACCGAAGAGUUCACACGGGAGAAAAGCCUUAUAGCUGCCCUCAGUGUGGAAAGCGCUUCUCCCAGUCGAGCCACAUUAAAAGACACAUGACAGUUCAUACAGGGGAGAGGCCGUUUGGCUGUGCGCUGUGUGGAAAGAGGUUCUCACAGUCUUGCAGCCUGAAGGUUCAUCAAAGGGUGCACACCAACGUCAGACCGUUUAGUUGCACUCAGUGUGGGAAAAGUUUCUCAGUUCUCAGUAAUCUUGUAAGACAUCAGACUGUACAUAUAAGGAUGAAGACUAAUCCUGGGACAUUAAAUAUCUGACAUUGUUUAAAUAGUUAUGGAAGAGCUUUUGGAUGAUAUUCAGUGUGUUGGAAUGAAGGGUGAUUUUACUUCAAAUGCAUGUUAAUGUCCGAGUGCUAACUACUGUGACUGUUGUGUUUUCAGCUCCUUUAGCUCCAAGUCACAACAAGGUGAAACCUUGCAAGCCUGGCAAGAUGAUGUACAUCAUUGUAAUUCAGUAUAUUGUGGUUAGGAUUCAAUAUAUAUUAUUGCUACGCUGUAAUCAAGGCAAUAUAUAGUCAUUUUUAAAAUGUUUAUUUUGUCAGCUGUGUACCCCUACAUUACUUCCCUUCUCAAUUUACAGUGUUAUGUUGAAGUGGAAGGGUUAAAUGCCUGCUGAAGACAGCCACUAUUUGGAUGAGGAGUUUAGACACAAUACAAAAUGAACCAUGGUCUGCCACAAAUAUUUGCAUGUAAACUAUUAUUUCAAAACAACAUUUUUGAUGUUACAGUAUGGUGAACUCAUGAACAAAGAAGUUAUCCAGCUCCAAUGAAGCAUUGCAUUUAGCUGUUACGCUAUGGUUUCUCUUUACCUCAUUGACAAUUCCGCAUUGUGCAUGUGGUGUCUUGUCUGAGUGUGAAAUCAACAGAGAAUGCAUACUCCCAGUGUUUUAAUUAAAAGACAAAAGCAAUGUUUCAACCCAACAGGGUCCCUUUCAGGCAAAUGGAUGGUGUGUGCUUUUUCUAUUUUGUUUUUCUAUUUUUAAUACUUUGUCCUACACCUGGCCUUAAUAUUGGUGGGAUGUGUACACAGCCACCCUGGCUUCUUGUCUGGGUGCCCUGCCACCUCUAAUUAGGCUACUAGCCAGAAUACUGAAUCAUCUCCUUGUACAGUAUGACAAGGAAUUGAUCUGUGGCCUGAUGAAUAUUGAAACUCUUUACGAUUUCAUUGUAGCCCUCUCCAGCUUUAUUAACCUCAACAUUUUUGUUGUUGUUCCAGGUCUUCUGAUAUACAGUAUGUUACUUGCCAAGUAUGGUUCGCACCCAAAUAUGUUUAUUAUUAUUAUUAUUAUUAUUAUUAGUUGAGCUCUAAAUCACAUGUUCAAACUUGUCAUUAUUGAACUCCUUGAUGCAGCCAUUAGACUUGAGGUUCACUUACUAUGAAGGUAUGAAUGAUUCUGAACAAUGAAAAUAUAAUAGGCUAUGUUUGUUCAUUAUUGUAAUUCAGAUGAAAAAAGGUCAGUACUUUAAUACACAUUUAUACCUUAAUGUAGGUUAUUCCAAAGGACUCACUUUGCCUUGCCAAUGUAUAAGUUAUAGUGCAUUAUAUUUUAUUCCAUAUAGUGCUGUUAAACAUUCAAACAUUUCUACAUAGUAUUUAAACACCAAACUGUAUUUUCUGUUGUACAGUUGUUCUCUGUCUUUUCAUUCUAUUAUUUUUUGUUGUUUAAUCCUCUUUUCAGGAUUACGUGAAUUGGUGCAGAAGUGUAGCCUGUACGGUGUUCACUUUAGGACAUCCUCAGACUCAGGCUAUCAGA